UUAACUCUUUCCCUUUAGGAUGAUUUCUGCCUCUGCACAGUAUUAUGAGUACGGAACGUUCGCUAAAGUGGACUAACGGCAGUUACACCAAGUAACGUUAGGCUAAAUAAUUUAAAAACAUUUACAUUUCGCGCUUACAGUCUUUGGUUUAAUCCAUAGUCAUAGGAUAAAAUGUCUCUGAAGUCAAGACAGAACUACUCUUAACUAUGUUCGCCUUUAUAAGUCCGUAAUUUAGAUUAAAUUUAGGUUUUUCGGAUACGUUUUGACGGACUUUGAGCUACAGUGUUUGGAACCGAAAGCAUCAACUGUGCGCAGAAAUUGCGCAGUCCUUGUGUUUCAGUCGCCCUCGACACUGUGACUGAAGUGUUUUGUAUAACGCCUUGUGUUCAGUAUAUAACAUUGUCCUUUUGCAGCACUCUUUGUAAAUCACUACCUGUAAAUCCAUGAUUCAACAUCCAGAUGAAGAUACUUCGUCAAUGCUUGCAGUAUGUGUGAAAGAACCAGGUGGUCCAGAGAAGUUGUGCUUAGGACGAAUCCCACGACCUGAACCUAAAGAUGGAGAAGUCCUCAUCAGAGUCCAUGCAGCGGCUUUAAACCGUGCAGACUUGUUACAGAGGAGAGGUCUUUAUCCAGCUCCUCCUGGAGAGAGUGAGAUCCUUGGCCUGGAGGCUGCUGGGGUAAUUGCUUGCAUUGGUCCUGGAGUCAAGAGGAACUUCAAGCCAGGGGACAAAGUCAUGGCUUUGCUUUCAGGAGGAGGUUAUGCGCAGUAUGUUGCUGUGCCUGAGGAACUUCUCAUGCCAGUCCCUUCACAUCUUACCCUUGAUGAAGCUGCAGCGAUCCCUGAGGCCUGGCUGACUGCUUACCAGCUCCUGCACUUAAUAGCUCGAGUUAAGGCAGGAGAGUCUGUGUUAAUUCAUGCUGGAGCAAGUGGAGUCGGCACUGCUGCCAUUCAGCUGGCUCGUCUGAGUUGUGCUGUUCCGAUAGUGACUGCAGGAAGCUCUGAGAAAAUAAAUAUUGCAGUGAAGCUAGGUGCUGCUGCUGGGUUCAAUUACAAAGAGGGUGAUUUCUCAGAGAAGAUUCUUCAGUUCACAGAAGGUAGGGGAGUUGAUGUCAUCCUGGACUGCAUAGGUGGAUCUUGUUGGGAAAAGAAUAUACGCAGCCUGGCUAUGGAUGGAAGAUGGGUGCUUUAUGGUGUAAUGGGAGGAAAGUCAGUGGAAGGGGACUUGCUUGGCAAGCUUUUGUUUAAGCGAGGCCACAUUCUCAGUAGUCUCCUCAGGUCACGAAGUCUACAGUAUAAAGCUGAACUGAUUAGGAGCUUCACUGAACAAGCAUUGCCACACUUCCAGUCAGGAGACCAGCCCAUGUCACUGAGGCCUGUAAUUGACAGUGUGUUCAACAUGGAUGACAUUGCUGAGGCUCACAAACACAUGGAGGCCAAUAAAAAUAUUGGGAAAAUCAUAAUAAAAAAUUUUUGAAACUUGA